UGGCCGCGUUGCAGAGAGAAACAGAGGGAGGAGGAGGGAAAAAAAACUCGUCUCUCUCUCUCUCUCUCUCUCUCUCUCUCUCUCUCUCUCUUCCUCUCGCGUGAGGUGGCGAGCCCGAGGAGCGGAGGCCACAAGUCUAAUCCGCCCGUAUCUAAUCCGCUCGAGCGCCGCGAGCAGGAGGAGGAGGGAGCGGCGGGGCGGGCCUGAUUCGGGCUCCUUCUCUUGCGCUUCGCGGUUAGCACUUUGAAGUGUGCGAUCUCGGCUUCUUUGAAUCCUGAAGCACGGUUGAAAAUCAUGGCUGGGUCCCUUGCUGCCUCAGCCUUCCUCCCUGGUCCAGGAGCUUCCCCGGCAGUGUCCACCAAAACAUCGAAGAACAUGGCUGGUGAAUUACCGGACAAUUUGAGUGUCCGUGGUAUUGUUGCAAAGCCUGGCGCCCCUUCUGGGAACAUGCAGGUGAAGGCUCAAGCUCAAGCCCUUCCCAAAGUUAAUGGCACCAAGCUUAACCACAAGAAUGCGAGCGCAGACACGGAGGAGGCGAUACCUUACAGUGCUCCCAAGACAUUCUACAACCAACUGCCAGACUGGAGCAUGCUUCUUGCGGCUGUCACUACCAUCUUCCUGGCAGCAGAGAAGCAGUGGACACUGCUUGACUGGAAGCCAAAGAAACCUGACAUGCUUGUUGAUACAUUUGGCUUUGGUAGGAUCAUCCAGGAUGGCCUGGUGUUUAGGCAGAACUUCUUGAUUCGGUCCUACGAGAUUGGUGCCGAUCGUACGGCUUCUAUAGAGACAUUAAUGAAUCAUUUACAGGAAACGGCUCUUAACCAUGUGAAGACAGCUGGCCUUCUUGGAGAUGGUUUUGGCGCCACACCAGAGAUGAGCAAGCGAAAUUUGAUCUGGGUUGUCAGCAAAAUUCAGCUUCUUGUUGAGCAAUACCCCUCGUGGGGAGAUAUGGUUCAAGUGGACACAUGGGUAGCUGCUGCUGGCAAAAAUGGCAUGCGUCGAGACUGGCAUGUUCGUGACUACAAUUCUGGCCGCACAAUUUUGAGAGCUACAAGUGUUUGGGUGAUGAUGAAUAAGAACACAAGGAGGCUUUCGAAAAUGCCAGAUGAAGUUAGGGCUGAGAUAGGCCCAUAUUUCAAUGGUCGCUCUGCCAUAACAGAUGAGCAAAGUGAGAAGCUGGCUAAGCCAGGGAGCACUGUUGAUGGUGAUGCUGCGAAGCAGUUCAUAAGGAAGGGGCUCACUCCUAGGUGGGGAGACCUUGAUGUCAACCAGCAUGUGAACAACGUCAAGUAUAUUGGGUGGAUUCUUGAGAGUGCCCCAAUUUCAAUACUGGAAAAGCAUGAGCUCGCAAGCAUGACGCUGGAUUACAGGAAGGAGUGCGGCCGCGACAGCGUGCUGCAGUCACUCACCACCGUUUCAGGUGAAUGUGUGGACGGCCACCCGGACUCCACCAUCCAGUGUGACCACCUGCUCCAGCUGGAGUCGGGGGCUGAUAUAGUGAAGGCACACACUGAGUGGCGGCCCAAGCGAGCACACGGCGGUGAGGGAAACAUGGGUUUUUUCCCAGCCGAAAGCGCCUGAACACCCCCGCUGAAGCUGGACCGGCCAAGCAAGAACGUGGGGGGCUCCUGUGAAGCGCGAAUCCUAAGUUAUGGCUACUAACCCAGAACGAGUGUUUGGUCGCGAGAAGUUUGGCAUGCCGGGGAACGCCGCAUUACCCACCCAACCUGGGGUAGUACAAGGACGGGAGUCGCAAGAGGACUGACUGGAGGAUGUGAAGCCCUGGUGGGGCACGAUGUUAGGACAGCAAAAAAACGGGAGGAUGACGAGUCGUGUUCUGAUGCGGCGGUGCCGAUUGCUGAAGCAAGGAGAGGCAGGAGCUGAUUGAGGCCGGGGCAAAAGAUGCGGCGCAGGGGACAAUGGUAGUAGUAUAGGCCAGGUUGGGUGUGUAGUAGGCAUUCCCUUUGUAACAGCCUAAUUUGUACAUUCUUACCAUCUUAUCCUAUUGGUUGAAUCGCAGCCCUCCUGCGCUUCCAUCGAUGAAUUCAGGUCCAGGACCAUUUCUUGUACUCUGUGUGCAGACAUUCCAGUGCUACUAGUAGAUCUGCAUCCUUAAGUCA